AGUGGAGGGGGUAGGUCUCGAGCUAGCCGUGGUCAACUCGCGCGCAUGAACACAGGCGGUGGGUCAAGAGAUAGACCCCUCGAGCUAGCCCAGCUAACUCGCUGACCGAGGCUAACAGCCACGUGUAAACACUACCACUGGGUCAAGUGAGGUUAGCUGUGAGGUUAGUUGCGCGUAGUGAGUUUGAGGUGUUGUCCUGUGUCGUGGGCUCCUAUUUUCUAUUACUAUGAAUGCGAAGUUUGAUAAAAAUGGGAAGAUGUUUAGUGCAAUGCCUGAGGGCAACGGAUUUCGUCUAGUUGCGCAACCCGUUCCACGUCCUUCCAGCUGCUCUUCAUCUCAAGGUGUUAAUUCUACAAGCGUAAAGCGCACCAGGAGGUCCAGCGAGAGUGCAAUAGUUGUUAAUUCUAAAAGCGGGAAGCGCAUCAGGACGACCAGCGAGAGUGCAAAUUGCUCUUCUCCACUAGGUUUGAGUUCUCCAAGCAUUGAUCGCACUAGGCGCACCAGUGAGAACACUCCAGUGACACAGCGUCUCCUCUUGCUCCAAGGAACGCAAUGCAGCAGUCUGCUGCACCUGCUGGAGGCAAAUCUCAAAUUUCUGCGAAAAGAAGGAAAGCAGACAAUCCAUCAGGUUCUGACAAAGAAAAUGGUCAUGGCACCAGUGACAAUUCGCAUUUGCAAGGCAAUAUGAUCCGUAGAGAUGGUGAUGGUGAUGGUGACGACAAUCAGGAAGACGAUGAUGGUGACGAUGAUGAAGAGGAGGAUGAUAAUGAUGUUGAGGAGGAGGAGGAGGAGGAGGAGGAGGAUGAUGAUG